UUACCUCCAUCACUUUGCUUCUGGACGCGAGCCUUCCAAGGCACCAUACACUCAUUUUGUUUCUGACACUCCUUCUAAAAUGCGUUUUCAACCAUCAAUCGCCGCCCUGUUGGGCCUACUGUCGGUUUCGUCGGCUUCCAGCCUGGAGGUUAAGCGAGAUGCCUGCCCAGCUGGUACCGCCCCAGUUGAGGUUAUCAUCACCACCCAAGUGUACCAGUUCCAGGUCAACAUCAACACGUUCAUACAGUACAAUACUAUAAUCAACAUUAACGGUGGCAUCACAAUCAAUAUCAACAACGCACCAACGCAGUUGAUCACUAUCGUCACCGGAACAACGACUGUCACAUCUACUUCUACAGCCACCGUGACUGCAACUACUACAGUCACACCACCGCAGCAAUCCGCGGUUACAUUCCUGCUAUCUCCAGCUGCUCCUGGCCUGAGGAAGGGCCGUCGACAGGUUGCAGGUAAUGCCUUUGUCGGUCUUAAUGGAGACUUGGUCGGGGACUGUUCAGAAGCUGCCCGUUUCACCAUCAGCCAGGGGUUCUUAUUCACCCCUGGUGGCCAGUUCUCCACGAGCCCAGGGGCGAACGCUGAGCUAUUCGUCCCUCGAUUGUCAAUUGGGAGUCUGACGGCUUCGUUUUCGUUCACCGACCGCCUAAUCUGGACCAACGCUGCCUUCUUUGGUGGCCAGGCCCGAUUCUGCAUCGCAGCGAACAGGGUUUAUUCUUUGUUCAGUCUUGAAUCAUCUAUUGCAAACUGCGUGCUGCAAACUCUCCUUGUUGUUCCCACCGCUGUUUGUGAUGGGGUUUCGUCUUCCGCUGGCGUCUCGAGCACAGCUGAAGCAUCCAGUAGCACAGCUGACAUCUCAACAACCGAGGCCACUUUGGUACCAACCUCUUCAGUCUCCUCUGGCAUCUACUCCAACUCAACCUCAGUUGUGUUGCCAACUGCUAGCUCGGAAGUCAUUACAUCCUCGAGCGCGGCAGAAUCGUCCAGUUCCUCGUCCGCGGCUGCAAGUUCGACAUCUGAGGCUACAACUGAUGUAUCUUCUACUGUACAAGCUACUUCUACGAUCUCCUCGGAUUCGUCAGAAGCUUCCUCUAUCACGAGCUUCGUGAGCUCUGAUACUUCUGCCGUGAGCUCUGCGGCUCCGUCGAGUAGUACCAUCCCCACUACAUGCACUGCCUUUGGCCAGGUCUUGGAUGUAGCUUCCAAUGUAUGCGUCUGCAAGGAAGGAUUUGAUCAGAGCUUCGUUGGCGGUCUCCUCAACUGCGUUUCGAACGUCAUUUGCGAUUCUGUGUUGGGCCAGGUCCUAGAUAUUCCUACAAACGCAUGUAAGUGCAACAUAGGAUUUGACACCAGUUUUGUCGGCGGUGCCCUCAGCUGCACCACAAAUGUCCUCUGCAAUGCCUUGGGCCAGGUCCUAGACCUCGACUCGAACGCUUGUAAAUGCGAGAAUGGCUUCGACUCCAGUAUUGUGGGAGGCGUUCUGUCUUGCGUUUCAAACGUUGUGUGCACCCUUACAGGCCAAGUUCUCGACAUUCCUUCCAACGAGUGCGUCUGUUCUGCGGGCUUCGACUCCAGUUUCGUAGGAGGCGUUCUGUCUUGCGUUUCAAACGUUGUGUGCACCCUUACAGGCCAGGUUCUCGAUACCGGCUCAAACACCUGCAUUUGCGACGAAGGCUUCAAUACUACUCUCGUCGGCGGAGUUCUUUCUUGCGUUUCAAACGUACUCUGCACACUUACCGGCCAAGUUCUUGACGUGACGUCAAACAGCUGUGUAUGUGCUGAUGGCUUCGAUUCCGGCUUUCUCAAUGGCGCUCUUAACUGCGUUUCAAAUACGGUCUGCACCAUUCUCGGUCAGGUUCUCAAUACGACCACUGGCAUCUGUGGGUGUGGUGACGGCUUCGACACCAACACCAAUACUGUCACUGGAGUGGUAUCCUGUAUAUCGAAUGUUUUCUGUGACCCCACUCUCGGCCUGGUUCUCAACCCCUCCAGUAACGAAUGUAUAUGCGACGGCGGCUUUGAUACUAUCGAUAAUCCAGUUACCGGAGUGAUCUCCUGUGUCUCGAACGUCGUUUGUACUCUGACUGGUCAAGUUCUCGACCCUGGUUCCAAUACUUGCGUAUGCGAGAGCGGAUUUGAUCCUUCACAGGACCCUGUAUCUGGAGCUUUGUCUUGUGUCACGAAUGUUGUCUGCUCUGCCGUUGGUCAAGUCCUCGACGUUCCUUCCAAUACAUGUACCUGCGCAGUUGGCUUUGGCGGUACUCCUAAUCCCGUUACUGGAGCUCUGGCAUGCGUUUCGACCGUUGUCUGUACUGCACUCGGCCAAGUUCUGGACCCAGCCAGCAACAAAUGUGCUUGUAAAUCUGGCUUUGACGCUAAUAUUAACACUGUCACUGGAGCCUUGACCUGUGUCUCGAACGUAGCUUGUACUGUUGGGGGGUCUAUACUCGACCCUGUUGCCAACGUUUGCAGGUGCAACCCCGCUGCUGGUUUCUUAACCUACGUCGGCUGCAUUGCUACUGGUCUGCUUCCCUUGGGAUCUUGAUUUUGUUUUGACCAAGACGUACGCUCAGGCAUUCUUGGCCAUGUUUGCACACUGGAUUAUGCUUCCCUUCUGUAGAGCGCGUUUGGGCAGGUCUUCGAUUCUUCCCCUUACAAUGUUGCUUAAGUUAAAUAGGGUGCUUUUAUUGCCCAGGACAUAAUAAAUUCUAUACGGGUCCUUUCAGUGGAAUAAGAGACUUUUACCCGAGCAAUUUACAUGAUGAGAACAUGUUGUUGAC